ACACUAAACACGGUUUCCAUAGAGGUGCAUACAUUAAAAUAUAUAGUCCAAAGCAUUGAAAUUUUACCUGGCUUUUUAAAGCUGACAGUUGAAAAUAGACCGUGUAACGAACGUUGGAGAGAUCAACAGAGCGUGGCAGUGUGUUUGGAUAGAUAGUUGGAAGGCUUAUCUGUUGUAAGAAAUAUUAGGAUAUUUGGCAGUUGAUGCAUUGCUACAGUAUACACUUCUUGGUGUGAGUUCUAUGACAUGGGCAAAUACACAAACAGAACGAAAAGGUGACUGAUACAAACUGGCAUCAUACCUGUAUGAAAGACAAAGGAUUUUUCAAACGAACGGAGUUGACUAUAUACUUCUAUAUAUCAUGGAGACUUUGACUACUCGGUGACGUGGUGAUUCUUGACACAUAAUGUCUUCGGGAACAAAGAGUGGAAGCUCAACGGAACGUUCAACAGAUGGGAAACGAGCUGUACCCGAAGGAAAACCUAACAAUGGACUAUUUAAUCGACAGAAGUCGAAAGGGCGUCUUUUUAAAAGCACCAAACCGGGCUCGAUAGGGAACUGGAAUUCUGUCAAGUCAGUAGGAUUCAAGAAAAAGGGGAAAUCGUCACCAACAAUCCAGGAGGAUAAAGAUACAAAGACAGGGACGGAGAGUAUUAUUGAUAUUGAAGUAGAGGAUGUCACAGUCGCCGAAUCUGUUGACCAGGUGAAUAGCACUGACAAAGACUCUUCAGAGAUUAACACUGAAGCUGACAAUAUUAAAAACGACAAUUUAGAAAAAGGGAAAGGCAACCCGAAUGUAGUUGUUGAAAAAAAUAACGAGAACUCUGAAGCAAAAACAAGUUCAGAGACUGUAAUUCCGAAUGGAGAUGCUUCGAAACUCAACGGACAUGUUUUCGGGAAACCGGUAGCUUCGAAUGGAAUAGCGCCAGUCCUAAAUGGUGUACCAGCAAAAAAGGAAAAUUCUUUCUUUCGUGAGAAGUCAACUUUAGCGCCACCUAAAACGCCAAUAUCGAAGAAAGAAAGAACAGAAUCACCAGAUAGCAAGAAAUCUUUCACAAGACGAGAUUCCUCGAAACUUUCGCUCGAUGGAUCUUCUCGUGUGUCAGUAGACGCCGCUUUACAAACGGCUGGAGUCGUAUACCCCACAGAAGAUAAGCCCCAAAAAUCCGUGUUUUCUAACAAUGACUCCUGGAUACGGUCCGCCAUUCCUUCCCUUCCUCUCUGGUUCGCUAUCACCUGUCUCGUUCUCAACAUUUUGAUUCCUGGAUCUGGUACAAUACUUAGCGGCUGCUCCAUUCUGUGUUGUGGGAAAUCACGAGUCCAAGCUAAGGAUGACCAGCUGACCGUCACGCUGUGUGUCAACAUCAUGGUGGGCAUAGCCCAGUUGUUUACGGUCACCUUCCUGUUCGUCGGCUGGUUUUGGAGCCUGGCCUGGGGUCUCAAAAUGGUCUCCAUUGCUGUUGAGUACCGCCACCAGAAGAAACAACAAAGGGAGCGAGAGUUACAGACCCUGGCACUCAGUGCGUUCGGCUCGCCGUCUCGUGUGCGGUCGUUGUUCUCCGCUGUUUAAGGAUUCUCGUUCGUGUAUUUGCAGUACUCUGUUUUACUCCCGUUAGGCUUCGCUCCCUGUUACUAAGACGGUUCGGAGUCGUUCUUUUCGUCGAGACUCAUGGAAAUAGUAGUUCCGUUGGAGGCUAAUUGUACUAUAAUAAUAAUAUGAACCAGUCUAAAAGGCAGAUUGGUAAACCUGUACUUCGAAGCGAAGACUAGCGGAUGUUAGAAAAAACUACGAAAAACAAUCCAGUGUUCCCGAUGAUUUUCGUGUGUGUGUCCGUUGUUCUCCAAAAUGUAUUUCUUUAUAACGGCAGUACCAUUCUGAAAACUAUAUUUAGAACUCGCCUGUACAAAAUACUACAGAAAUCACUGCGUAUAAGUGUCAUUUUCAAAAUAUUUGUACUAUCAAAUACGGUGUAUAAAUCUAAUGUUAUGUUAAAAAUUCCUUGUGAUGAAGAUGACGUCUAACGGAGAUAUCAUUAUUGUUACAUAUAUCUUAUUUUAUAAUGUUAUAUAAUAAGACACAGGUGUUGUAUUACUUAUAAAACUGUAUGCAAAGCAUCUGGGUCUAUUUCGAUUUUCGAUUUGUUUAUUUUGAAAUAUCAUAUGUCAGAAUUAUGCAAUUAAAUAUAUGAUGUGUUUCUUGUUUUCUUUAUCAGUUUAUUUUAAUCUUUCU